AUGAACAGCUCACCAUUCGGGCGUCUCCCAGUUGAGCUCAUCCGCGAGAUCUUCCAAGAAUGCAUCCCUGAAUCCCCAAGCUUCAAACGCACCAGUGCUCCUCUUCUACUCACUCAUGUUUGCCACACUUGGCGCACCAUCUCAUCCGAUACUCCUCAGUUCUGGUCUCACAUUGUCGUUCCGCGCUGGCAGGAAUCUGUCGUGGGCGUCGACGAGCUUGUACAACUCUGGCUGUCCCGUACACAAAAUGCGCCACUCACUAUCGACUUCGGGCUCUUCAGCGGGCGAAAUGUCCAAGCAUGCAAUGACUUGAAGCUAAUGGGUGAGCUGUACCCUCUCAUGAGCAGACUGCUUGCCGCACUCGUGCCACAUCGUACACGUGUUCGGAGUCUCUGGGGUGUCUUUCCAACAUCCUUCACUCCCGACGUUGGCAUUCCAGAAAUGAUCAACGCAGAAAGGCUAUUCUUCUAUGGACUACCCAAACAAGACGAAAUGCUUCGGAUAAGAGAAGGUGAAUCCUUCUGGGAUACUCACAAAAUGCUAGAACUUGGACCUGCCAGAGAGACGCUCAAAGUGCUUUCUGUCUGCGAUUGCGCAGUGGAUAUCAACACCGUCUUAUUGCAAACCAAUCUUACCCAUCUCGAGCUCUUCGAUUUACAUCACGACAGUGGUCUGGACCAAGAAACCGCCUUCGAACUCCUAAAAUCAAUGCCAGGAUUACAAAAAUGUGUACUAGAACUCACAAAGUUCGAACGUCUUGACUGGCGCGUGUCAAGCCCUCGCAUGGUUCUCCCUAACCUCGAGCUCCUCUUCCUUCUCUGGAACUUCCCCGCAGACAUCGGUUUGCUUCUCGAUGGCAUCUGCACACCAAACCUCAUCCGACUCGGUCUACGCGGAACACCAACUAUGGGUCCGCGUGCAUGGAGCUCGCUCUACAACUUUCUCUAUAUCUCUAGGGCUCCACUCACCCGUUUAUCUCUCGGAAGCUUUGGCGACGCCGACCUACGUCUACUCGACUGCCUCAAAUGCUGUUCACACCUCAUCCAACUCUCGCUCAAUCACUGCUUCAUUCCUGAAAGUAUCUUCCACACACUCGCAUGUGCACACGACUCACCUCUUCUCCCUCGUCUUGAGAUGCUCAACAUCGUCGCAUGCGCAGGAUUGAACGCCGAGAGCAUCGCCGCAUUCAUGAAAUCCCGAGCAAAAGACUUACCAUCUGGGAUUUCGCGAUUGAAAGAGGUCGAGAUCGUCAAUUGCCUCAAUAUCACAGAGUAUCAUAUGCCGUUACUUCACUCAUGCGGGGUGGAAAAACUGUAUCUCAAAGUGACGGGCGAUUUUUUACAGUAA